UGCGAUAUUUUCAUUUUAAGUUUAAUACUGUACCUAGCUGGACGCGCAGGCACCCGAAAUAUUUAAAAAUGGAAUUCCUACAAUAUAGUUUAUUAUUUUCACUUUUUAUUAAUUCUUUAUUUUAUACUACAUGUACUACAUCGGUUCAAGAGGAAGUCGGUAUGGAUUUACAUCCCUUCGUUAAGAUUGGCAGCAAAUAUUAUUUAGUGCACGCUUUAGAGCUGAAUUGGCAUGGAGCUGCACACUUGUGUCGCUCUUACGAUAGUGAUUUACUAACGAUUGAAUCGGAAGCUGAAAUGAAUGCUCUAUUCUCACAUUUAAGAGGACUUUAUAGUUUCGCACACAUUUGGACGAGUAGCAAUGAUUUGUCAGACGAGGGAAAAUAUGUGUCACUUAAUAGUGGGCGCCCAAUGAUUUAUACAUUCUGGGGACCCAACGAACCGAAUAACGCGGGCGAUGUGGAGGACUGUGUAGAAGUUUUGCUAAACAAUGUUAGUUUUACAAUGAACGACAAUAAUUGUUCAAAAAAAAUGCGUGUUAUAUGUGAAAAGCGUUUACCGUUAAAUACGCGUAAUUCUGCCACAAACGAAUUAUCGAUGUGUGAACAACUCACUACGAAUUGUACUUUGAAAGCACUUGUGGAUGCAUAUCUACAAACGUCAAAUAUAAACAACUGCAGAGCAUAAUAAUAUGUACAUAUGUAUGUUUUUAUGAAUUUUCAUUAAUAAAAAAUGUAGUGAUAACUCAUU